GAAUUAAUAGAAGUAAAAAAAAGAGUUAUCAAGAUAAUUUAUUUGCAAUUUUAAAUAAAGGUUUUUUAACUAACUCACUUUUCUAUAUAUCUCAUGAAGGUUUAAAAUCUAUUUACUGCAAUCAGAAGUGAGUUUAUAGAAAAAUCUGAUUGCAGAGCAAAAGAAAAUAAUAUUUCAUAGCCAGAUGAUUUUAAGCCUCCGCUCUCACCAUUAAGAGAUAAGCCUGAAAAUAAUCCAUUUCUAAAAAAUUAUAAUAAAAAUAAAACUUUUGUAAACUCACAAAGACAAGCAAAAAGAUUUUCACCUAUCUUCAGAAAAAGAACACAGCAGGAGGAUUAAAAUGAAACUUUUCAAUAAAAAGCAAAUCUCACAAGCACUUAAUUAGUUAGUAAGUAGCAGGAAUUAGUAUAAGCUAAAAAGUAGGCUUAAAAAGUAAAGGUGAAUUUAGAAGAUAGUGAUUUUUUCAAGUUUAUUGAAAUUAAACAAAUUUCUCCUUUGAAAAUGGGUAAAUCGCGUAAAGACUAUAAUGUAACCUAAUAUAAUGGGCUGAAUUAAUCAAAGAUAUUUAAUGAGAUAAAUAAAUAUAGUUAAGACAUCCAAGGGAUAUCUCUAACUCAAAAUAUUAUUCCAUCAGACGAUGCUGAAACACACAUGAGUACAAUACAUUCCUAAUAAGAGUAGUCUGAUUAAAAGACAGCUACUGAAAUUUAGCUUAAUUUAAAUAAAAAUAUUAAUGGAGAUAUAUCUAACCUAUUAAAUUAAUAGAAUGGGAACAACUAUGAAUAAAUUUUUUCGAGAUAAUCUACAGCAACUUAAGCUACUCAAAAAAUAUUUAACUUAAAUUAUGAUCUUUCGUUAAGUAGCUCUUAAGAAAAUAAUUCAUCAUGUAAGAGAAAAUUCUCUCAUAAGCUAUCAUUGACGAAUGAAUCACCUAUAGAUAUAAAUAAAUCUGAAGAAGGAGAUAAGCACUAUUUUAAUUAGACAUCACCAUUUUACUGUGGUUUUUCAUUGGAUAGCUAGAAUUAAUUAAGUUCUUCAUAAGUAAAUAGUAGUACACUUAUUCCAAUAUCGAAUACUUUAGUUAAAGAAUAAUUACUAGGUUCAAAUACUUAAGAUUUUAAUGGUAGUAUAACAGAAUACUAAGAUAUAGAUAUCGAGGCUUAGACAUUUGAUGGAAUUUCAUAUUACAAGGAAAGAAUUAAUAGAGAAGCUAAUAGCAAAAAUAAAAAAAUAAUUUUAAGUAGACUCAAAAUAAAAAAUAAUACAACAGAGAAAUAUAAAAAUAAUACAUUAGAAGAUAACUAAGAAGAAAAAGAAUAUACAGAAUCAAACAGAGAUUAAAGAGUCUUUAGAUAAAUUCCAUUAAUAAAAAACCAUUAAUAGAAUAUUUUAUAAUUUAGGAAAAGAAAAAUAGAGUUCCCACAUAAAAGAGGAGUAUCUGCUUAAGAAUCUCAGUAUAAUCCUUAUUUACCAAACAACCCUUUCAAUUAAUUAAAAUCUUAUGUGUAAAGCACUUGUGAAAAAAUAUCAGAAAAAAGAUAGUUAUCUUUGAAUACAUCAUUUAAUAUAGAUUUUUUAUAAUGUAAUGAUAAAUUAAAUAUUGGCAGUAGCCAGUCAAGUUAAAAUAAACACAUAUAAUUUGAUUCUGACUGCUAUAAUUUUAGUAUAGGCAAUACCAUUUCAAGUCAGCAAGGUUCGUAAAACGGUAAUCAGUAGUAAAGUAAACAAUCCCCCAAAGGACACAUUUUUACAAGUUGCAGAAAACGAGUUUAAAGUGUUUAAGAGGAUUUUUAGAAAACAAUAGGAUUAAAAGGCGAAGAUUUUUUAUAUAUAUAGUCAUUAUAAUAAUAUCCUUUUACAUCUAAGAAUUCAUCUUCUAAAUAAAAUAUAUUUUAUGAUACUACCACAAAAAACCAAGUUUUAUUAGACUAAGGCUUGGUUCCGAGCUUCUAUGAUUAUAAAAACUAUGAAACCACCUUAGCUCCAAUGACAGUUAGCUUUUAUGAUAACAAUUUUCAAUCUCCUAAAAACCCAAAAUCUAAAUUCUAGAACUAAUAAAAUUAGACUGAAAAAUAUUAUAGUGGAGCAGGAUUGUGCUAACCAGUCUCACCAUAAAAAAUGAAUCCACCUCCUUCAUAUUUAAUUCUAAAAGAUUUUGUACAAAAAAGAUAAAAACCUGAUAAAACUUAUAACCAAAUUAUUGGUAAUUCCAAGACAGAAAAGCCAAAAAGAAUUCCAAGUGAUCAAUUUUCUCCUUAAAAAAUUAUAUAAAUAAAUUCUCUAGCAUUAGAAUUCAAAUGA